CAAAAAAAAAGAGAGAGGAAAAAAAGAGAGAAAAGAAAAGCGGUCCAACAGCAUUACUAACAGCAACUAUGUGACAGACAGACAGACAACGCUGACCCUUGGCUCUGCUCGCAGGUAUCCGCGUCAGCAGAACCGGAUCACCAGCAGCACGAGCACCGCCGGGCGACCGUGGCAGCAUCCCCCGCAGCGUUUUUUUAGGCCCUGCAGUGACGUCUUGGCUGACCCCUGUCCUCCCCUUCCAGCCCCUCUCGCCCACCCACACUCCCCUCCUGCUCCAGCUGCAUGGCUUUGUUUGUUGUCGGUGAGCUCCCCUUGGUAAUAAAGUCCAGCAUGAGGCAGUGGAGACGGCUUGUGUUGGUGGGAAUGCUGGCCUGGAUGCUCAUCUUUCUCGCCCUUUUCUCGUACUUCCUUGACGCACGAGUUAAGAAGUUGCCGACCUCUGCCGGCUCCCUCCUCUCCCAGCACCCCGACACCCGCCGCCUGGCCUCUAUCCAGGCCUCCCAUCAGAACACAGUCUCCAGCCCGACCAUACCGGGAGAUGCGCUGGAACCUGAGCCUCACAACAACUCUGUGACCUCCAGCAACAAUGGCAGCCAGGAGCUGAGUAACCAAAACUACAUGGACCCCCAGACUCUGGCGGCCUGGUCUUCCUUUGGCACGGAGAAUGUAGGCUCUCACUCAGACCCGGCGUUUCAAAGUCAUGAAAUGACUUCCCAAACUACGGAAUAUGAAAACCACGUGAAUAGAGCCCAACCUCAUGGAGGAGAGGAAGACGAGGAGGAUGAAUAUGAGAGAGAAAAUGCAGAUGAAAUCAAGAGCAACAGAAUAAGGACUGAACGUGUCAGGAAAACCACUGACGCUUUCUCUAACCUGGAGGAGACCUCCAAGUCAGUGUCACUGUUGAAGCGCCUGUGGCAAGGGCGCUUGUCCAUUGAGAUGCUGGAGCCGAAGCUGCAGCGAGCCCGGAAUGACUACCUGAACAGCAACAAACACCGCGUGGCCUACAAGGGGCUCCGCCGACCCUCUCAAAGUGCCAAGGAGCUGCUGUGUCAUCUGAAGGCCAAGGCCCGGCUGAGCACGGUCGACGGAUCAGAGAAGCCUUUCUUCUCACUGGGAUGGGCCCAUCUAGUGCCGACCCUCCAGCUGGAACAGAUGUCUCAAGGCGGGAGUCCCAUCAAGACAUGUGCCGUGGUGGCUUCUGCCGGUGCCAUUUUACGAUCGGGACUGGGCAAAGAAAUUGAUGCUCACGAUGCUGUGAUUAGGUUCAACGCGGCCCCCACCGAGGGCUACGAGAAAGACGUGGGCAGCAAGACCACCAUGCGCAUCAUCAACUCAAUGGUUAUGGCAACUCCAAGGUUUCACUUCCAGACUAGUUCUCUUUACAAAAAUGUAACCUUGCUGGCCUGGGACCCGGCGCCGUACAGUCUCAACUUGAGCAAGUGGUACACCAGUCCAGACUAUGACCUGUUUGGACCGUAUGCGGAACACCGCAAGUUGCACCCCGACCAGCCCUUCUACAUCCUCCAUCCCAGAUAUAUUUGGGGCCUCUGGGAUGUGAUUCAAGGCAACAGUCAGGCAAACAUUCAGCCCAACCCUCCCUCAUCAGGCUUCCUGGGGAUCCUCGUGAUGAUGGCGCUGUGUGAACAGGUCCACGUGUACGAGUACAUCCCUUCCAUGAGGAAGACCGACCUGUGUCAUUACUACGAGCGACAAUUCGACACGGCCUGCACUCUGGGCGCCUACCACCCACUAUUGUUCGAGAAGAGUCUCAUCCUGCGCAUCAACACGGGUACAGCGAGUGACCUGCGUAGGAAGGGACGGGUCACACUCCCCGGCUUUCGUACCUUCCACUGCGACAUCUGAACGUAUGCGAGCUGACUCACUGAGGCCAUGUUAUGUAACUUUGAUCUUUUCCGGGCCCACUUCGGGUGAGGUGCAAUAAAGCCGCUGGAGACGAGGCUACGAUGGAAAGUCGGGAACGGGGCUAGAUCUUACAGAUUUGGAUUAGAUUGACCAAAACAAGCCAUAGCCUUUUAGGCUGGUAGGGGAAUCAACAGAAGAUUUGAGGAGAGCUUGUUCUCAUCAAGAUCUUCUUUGAGAAUGAAUAUACGCUGCCGGGGAACCUUGUGACAGCUCUGAAAAAGACAUAUCUUUCUGCGUUAGCUGAGCCACCUUAGCUGUGGAGAUGACUUAGCGUAGCCACAGAUUUUAAAGCGUUUUUAGGGAAUUUUCAACAAUGUUCUCAUUGGUGUAAAAACUCUUUUUUUUAAUAGUCCGUGCGGUUAUUCACUUGAACGCUCUGAUGGGAGUGCUCCGACACGUUUUCUACUCAUCUGAAAUCAUUCGAGAUGUCUUUGUUGUUAUUCGGCUUUGGGGAAGCGUUCACUCCCCUUCAAUGCUCCAUUUGCCUGAUGAAGCAACCGAAUGCACAAUGUUAAAAGCCUUGCCGAUUUUCCCCACUAGCUUAUCUACACUUAGUACAUCCAGAACGUGCAGGUGCCUCCCAAGUUUUCUUGAUGUGGUGGAUAGGUGUCAAAGUAGUGACGAAAAGCAAAAAGAAUUGGAGUAGGUUAGUGGGUAGGAAAAUAUAGUCGAUUCCGGAUACAUUUCCGUGCAUUCUUAUGUUUAUGUACGUCUUACACUUGUUUCAUUCUAAAUAUUGACUGCUGAAUAGGUUGGGGGCAUAAUUCCUGUUUGAAUCGGAGGGAGACAAAGUGAAACGGGAUCAGCUGGGACCCAAGAAGAGUGGGAGUCCGCAUAUUCUAUGUUUAGUGGAGGUAAUGUGUUGCGAGAAGCUCUGAAAAGUCAACUUGGAAAAGUAACUAUGUACAGUGAUCCCUCGUUUAUCGCAGGAGAUGUGUUCCAGAACCACCAGCGAAAAAUCGGCAAAGUAGAAAAUGCAUUACUUCGAAAUUGAAAUAGCAAUGUACCUGUCACGUCGGCAGUGACGCACAACGCUGUUCUCCCAUCACUUACAAACACGCAAAAGUAGCACAUUCGCGAAAGGUGACGUGCAAAGUGGCGAGGGAUCACUGUACGGCUCUCCCUGAGUGGUUGUUAAUCCGUUAAGCAAAAGUAUCAAAUUGUUAAUCUUAUCCUAGAUUAGGCCAGAGAGAUAGAUAGGCCAGUUGGUUCGAAAAGUAGGGCGGUAAAUCAAGAAAUCUGUGAACGUAAGGAUGGUAAAGCGAAAUACACACACAUACGGACAAUCGGAGCAAAUUUGAGCAAUAUUUCCCCAAUCUCUUUUGAAUUAAUCUGAAUGCGUCCAAAAGAUGAUCUUGAUCUUGCUCACAAGUUUAUAUUCCGUUGCCAUUGAGCUAUUGCAAGCUUCUUUAUUUCUGCACACAAAUCUUCUAUUAUUGCUUAGUACGAGCUAUCAUCAGCGAGGAAUGUUACCCGAUAAAAUCGGAAGCUUCGCUCCCGUCUUUGCCUGAGCAGAUUUAUUAUGUUUUUCUACCGGUUAGGUCUCCAUUGGGCAAUAUUACAUUUCACAAUAAGAUUUUUUUUUAAGACGGAUAACGUGUGCUAUUGUUAUGAAAUGAUCCUUGUUUGGUAUCAAAAGUAAAGUGAGUUUUAUAUUAAAUGGAAGAUGAUGGCUCUGGAAAUAAAUAAAUCCGGGGCUUCUCACUGCUGGCUGUAUAAAAUACUCAAUUUCCUCAAAUAGUGGCCUGGCUACUGUAAUCAUUUCAGUUUGCUUAUUGGUAACCAAAACAGCAGUACAUUUGUCUCCGAUUAAUAUAUUCGAAUUUGACAAAUGGAAAUGUUUCUGGCUUGAUCUCACUCGGUUGCUGUAACCAAUUUUCCGGGUGAGUUGGUGUUAGCAACGCCUCACGAUUAGCGUUGCACUUUUGCUCUCACUUCGGCGUUGUGUGCAUCCAUGAUUAUGUCCUGGGGAGCAAGCUCCAGCCAACCUGCCUUGUUUCUCAGUUUGUUUUCUAGAAUACUCCUUUUGUUUGCUAGCAAAAAUAAUAUCUGACGUAUUAUUUAUUUAUUUAUUGAUGAAAUCUUGCCUGGCAAUUUGUCUUCAGCACGCCUACGACUCAUUCAAAUUUGGAUAUGAUCAUAUAUGUGCACAUCCCCAGGCCACUAUAUGAGAAAAGAAAGUAUGAGCGCUGUAAAAAUAGUAAAAUAUUUGAUGGCUGUUCUUUUGACUACUUUACAGUACGGCUGGUCUGUAUGGAUCAAAUCUUGUGCUGUGGUACUGUAUAUUGCGAUAUUUCUUUUAGGGACCUGUUUUAUGGAUACUUGAAUCAGGUACUACAACACAUUGACACACACACACAAAAGUGAAUCUUUACCAUAAUAACGGAUGAAUGGAUUAAUUUGUGGUUGUAAUUUGUUUUUUGAUUGAUUGUAUGCUGAUUACUGUCUAAAGAAGGCCAAAGUAAUAUUCCACAUAGACCUCGAGUUCUGGAAAGGAAAUGGAAAUUUAAUUCGUAUAGAGACUUGUGGUUUUAAUAAGGCAAUGAGUGUUAUUCGGGCAACGCUUUGAUAACAACAACAAACUAUUUAGAAAUAACUUAUCUGAGACUCUUCAGACUCCGAAGCAACUAAUUAAAAAAAAAUCAUGUAAGAAAGAGUGGAAAUAAAAGCUCAAACUUUUUUUUAUUUUUUUUUUAAAUCAGAAGUGUUUUGUAAUAUCUUUGAAAAUUAAGAUUUUUCCAGGUAAAUUAGUAAAGGUGAAACAAAUGCCACUGCUAUUGCUGCUGCUGGGGAUUUCUUGUGUCUGUGACACUGAAGGUGCAACAACCAUUGAGUAUACUGUACAUACGUUUCCAUGGAAGCGCACGGCAUGCAAACCAGGAUGAGGGACUAAAAGUCUUGAAACGAUGUGCUUUGUACUGUGCUCCAAAUAGAAACCACUAAUGUCAUACUUGUCGUGAGAGGCUAUGAGAUGUAUUUAUCUGUUGGUUCUUCUGCUUCGGGGAAGGGGGGGGGGGUAUUUGCAUGCUCGUGGAGAGGCCAAUUAAGCCUGGCUGCAGGGUAGCUCGGAAUAAGUCCCUGGUAGCACUCAUCGAAUGCAAUUAUUUCAUCCAAAGCUCAUACGAUUGUGCCAAUAUUUUCUUGUUUUUUUUUUUUCAAAUCACAUCUCAGCGAGUUAACGUUUUAUAUGACCUGUGGUGAAAUUUGAGGGACUGUGCACCUCACUGCCUGUGACGACAUCUUUUUUGAUGCAGAAGAAAUGAAGCAACACCACUUUCACCCCUGACAGCCUUACAGGGUGUUCUUGUUGACUGGUUUGCACAUUUUCUUCUUCUUACACUUGAAUCGAUAUUUGCAAUUUGUAUGAUUUCAACUGUUCCUUUUCUAACCAUGUAAAUAAACAUUCUUCAUGUCCAAAAA